CGCUGCCCGCGAGAUCGGCGUUGUAUCGUAAACGGGACGAAGGGAAAUGUCAGAAGCUAUCCCGGGGAUUCUGCGGAAGAAUCGGCCGUUUGAUCCCCCGAAGAUCAAGCGCAAACGUAGAUGUCGCAGUCGAGUCUCGGCGAGACCGGAAAGUAUUCUUCCACAGGCCGGUGCACCUACGCUUGGCGGAUUAUUAGCCUCGUGGCUUUCUAAAUUUCCUUGUCAUCAGCUAAACAUGUCCGACGUCGAAGGCGAUGACGAGUUUCAAGAUGCUCAGGAAUCACUACCGCAGCUCGCGUCCAUGGACUUGGAUACCGCGAUAAUGGAGUCGAAAAAGGCGAUUCACUGCUUCUUCAACAACGACUUCGACGAGGCGAAAAAAAUCUUGGAGCCAUGGGCGGACAGCAGCAUGUACCAUUCUCUCGGGGCUUGCAUAUUCACGUUCCUGGAGGCGAUUCUUACGUUCGAACAAAGACACAUCGAGAAGGCGUCGGAGAUGCUGAAGCAGUGCAUGAGCGUGUGCUCGAAACACCGAAAGCACAACACCAUUACGCAGAACAUCGGAAAAAUAGUCAAGAAGAUUAACUACGACGCUUACACGAACGAGGAGGUGCAUGCGGAGCUCUGUUACGCCGAGUCGCUCCUCUUAAAAUCGAUGCUCACGUUUGUGGAGGACGAGACUCUGGUCAGCUUUGUCAAGGCAGGACUGAAAAUUCGUACCUGUUUUCUGUCGUACAAGGAGUGUAUGACGAUUUUGAAAAACCGAAAGUGGGGAAGCGAUAUUCACAAAGUGCAUUUCGAAAGCGGCGUUCGAAUGGGCAUCGGCACGUUCAAUUUGAUGAUCUCGUUGCUACCGGCACGUGUUAUUAAAUUAUUAGAAUUUAUUGGAUUCUCCGGCGAUAAGGAAUACGGUCUAACGGAAUUGAAAAUGGGCUACAACGAGAGGAAAGGCUUGCGACAAGUCAUGUGCGUGAUGACUCUGCUGUCUUACAAUUUAAUAGUCACCUUCGUACUGAGCCACACGGACGGCGAUCUGGACUGGUGCGAACAGGUGCUGGCGCAGGAGCUGAGCAUCUAUCCGAACGGUGUGUGGUUCCUGUUCUUCAAGGGAAGGCUAGAACUCACGCGGGGCAAUUUCGAAGAGUGCGUAGACUGGUACAUAAAGUCGUGGAAAAGUCAGAACGUUUGGCCACAGUUCCAUCAUCUCUGCUAUUGGGAACUGAUGUGGGCGCACUGCUCGAUGCAGCAGUGGGGCAAGGCGGUCACGUACGCGGCGAUGCUGGCGAACGAAUCCCACUGGUCGCGUACCAUCUACUUGUACCAGAAGGCCGCGAUCCUGCUCAUGCAGAAACCGUCGCGCUGCAGUGAGGAGAAACUGCAGAUCGACAGCCUGAUGAUGCAGGCGCCGACUUAUAAGCAGCGCAUCGCCGGCAAGUCGCUGCCGAUGGAGAAGUUUGUGAUCAAGAAGACGGAGCGUUAUUUUGCACAAAAGGACCUAGUCGUGCCCGUGUUUGAGCUUAUGUACGUGUGGAAUCUCUUCAGGAUAAUAGGCAAGCGGCCGGAUCUGAUAUUGAAUAUAUUCAAGAGGAUAGAAGAAGCGGAAAGGGAACUUAAAGCAGUUCCGAAAAGUGAAUAUUACGCGGACAACGAAGCACUCCUGUUGUUACUGAAGGGCGCCUGUCUACGACAAAUGCGGCAUCCUUUAUUGGCGGAGGAGUGUCUGCGAGGCGUUUUGCAACUGGAAAAGUCUGUCAAGGAGGACACGUACUUAUUUCCCUAUGCUACCGUGGAAUUAGCGUUAUUGGCACAAGAUCAGGGAGAGACUCAGCUGGCCAUAGGCUUCUUGGAAGACGCAAAGAAAAACUAUACGGGCUAUUUACUGGAAUCUAGAUUGCACUUCAGAAUACACUCGGAUUUGAUGAUGUUGACCGGUAAGAAGACUAACAAUCACACGAUGAAGAAACACCAGAACGAUCACCGGCUGGAAACGGCUAUUGCUGCCAAUAAUAGCGUCAUUAUCGCGGGUCCAAGUGCCGACGAGAUUAAGACAUAGAAGCGUUGCAAAGCAUAUCGGAGAUCUACUUAUCCUUAUACAGGUUCUUUUGUACCUUCCUAAGCAUACGUGUGACAAGGACUCUCUUUGCGAAAACGAACCGGGCGAUCGUUUUAUAACUUCUCUCUAAUAUCGAAUGGCCUUUUGCGCGUAACUUUCGUCUGGCCUCGUUCUUCGUAGAGUCUGAGGGUUCUACCAGAUCUCUUUCGAAGAUUGGGCACAUUUUCUAGAGCGCUUGAUAUUAUAAUUACAUAAAUUAUUUUUGUUCCACGGGGAGAACGGCGAGAUAGUGUAUAAAAAUGAUAUUUUGUAGUAAUUAUAAUGUUAAUAUAUAAAUUAUAUCUUGCGCGGGAGAAAUAAAAAUAUAAUAUAAGGCUCUUAUGGGAUCUUUUACAAGGAUCGGGCAUAUAUUUUGUAGCGACUAAUUAUCUAAUAUACACUUAAUGAUUAUCUACAUAAAUUAUUUCCUUUAUGGGGAGAUCGGCGAAGUUCCAAUGUGAUCUGUGAUUGCUCUGUUAUAAUUAACGAAAAAGUAUUAUAUAUAAUCCUGUUACGAGGCUGUAAAUACACGAACGCGGUCGGGGAUUUUGUGAACGUGAUAAUAAAGUGAAUUCAGAGUGAUGUUA